AUGACUGCACCCGAGGUAUCUCACGGCCGGGGUGGUGCCGGUAACAUCAAUCCUGAUGACACCAAAUACAUCGACGGCGAGAUCGUGCGCGUUGGAACACCAGGCUCGCAAGGUGCUGGCGCAUACAGCACUGGACGAGGCGGAGGAGGGAACAUCGGCGACAAAGGUAUCGCGCCCACCGUGCGUCAAGAUGCAGACAUCGUCCCCGAAGCUGCGGUACGCCCGCUUGAAGACGAAGACGUUCACACAGGCCGUGGCGGCGCCGGCAACGUUCAUAUUGGGCCUGAGCACAAAAAGAAAAAGGUCAUCGAUGGUGCAGCGCAUGAGGAGCCACCUGCUAGCCAUGGCAGUGUCGCGGAUAAACUGAAACACAAGGUCCUGGGCGUUUUCAAGAAGUGA